AUGGCAAUGUCACAAAAUAGCAACGCUAACGAUAAUCUCUUACGUUGGAAUAAAUUCAAACCGAGUGAAAUGUCUCAUUCAGUCCGAAUUACCAAUGCAAUGGAAGAUUUUGUGCUUGAUAGACAACUCAGUUUAUUGAAGAAAGAGCAACAGGCAUAUCUAUUAAGAAGUGAAGAAGAUCGGCGUUAUCUAGUUGCUCGUGCUCAUAAUAAUCAUUACUUAAGGAGAAAAUCUCAAAGGAAAUCACACUAUGAUAUCCACAAUGAUGUAAAACUACCUAAACUAAAAUCAAAAGGAAAUUAUGGUGAUAGUAAAAGUAACAAAAACAAGACCAGUGCCAAUGAUGUGCAUCUUCCGCAAUUAUCCAGUAAUCAUAAUUUACAGCAAUCUGAUGACAACGAUAGCCAAAUUAGUGAAUCAUCAUCAACUAGAAUGAGACGUUGGCAAUCAAGAAGGAAACGACCUAUACAACAAAACGAUGAUAACGAUGCAAAUAAUCAAGAUCAUGAUGCAAGCAAACAUCCUCAGCAUAAAGUUGAAUUCAUGCAUCCGCCUACUUCCACUAACAUGGAAAUCCGUCGUCAAUCAUUAGCUUUUAAUCGAGUUGAAGUUGAUCCUAAUAACAUAAUCUUACCCACUAAUAGACGACAAAAACAUAUGAUGACUAGCGAUUUAACGGGUCGGCGAGCAUCUUUAUUGCCGUUAUUAACGGAAAUCGAAAAGCAAAACCUAGAACGCUUCCAACAAUCAAUGCAAGCUAAACAGAAUCGUGAUAAUGAAGGAUUUGCUAAUAAAUUAGAUGAAUUAUUCCCCGAACUGAAUGAAGAUGAAAGCCACGAUCGCCAUAAUAAUAAUAAUAUUGAUCAUCCGGUUCUUAAUAAUGAUACAAGUAAAGAUAAUCCAAAGAAGCCAUCUGCUUUUCAAUCGUCCACUUUGAAACUGCGUUUACAUCAGAAUCGAAAACAUCCAUUAGAAAAUGAGAAUUUGCCUAAGCUAUAUGAAGAAAUUCGUAAUUGCAAUUAUAUUCGAAAUUUUCGGACUGGACAUAACAAUAAAUAUCGCCAUCGAAAACGUCAAACGCAAUGGCUAAAAUACUAA